AUGCAUCCGCUCUCCGAGUACUCGCACUUUGAGAUCGUCUUCUUCUUCCGCCUCGCCGACAAGCAUCACCAGAACUUAGACCUCGUCUCGGCUAUCCUGAGGAGCCAUCCCCUGGUUACCCAGGAGAAAGGCUACAAUGCUGACCGCCUCAGCGUCCCCUCGCUCCUCAAUCUUGUGAGGCAGCUUCUCGAAGAGGACCACCGCGUCCAGUCCGCGGCCACAGGCGACCGAGUUCCCUCCGCUACCGCGAACCUCGUCAAGUUCAACGAACCUCCGCCUGCCGAUGAGAAGCUGAUACAGGAUGCCAUCGAAAGGAUCUGGGCGAGGUCGUGGAAGCGCCUCUCAGAUGACCUGAUAAAAUCCGUACGGGAGUGCGACGAGGAGGGUAACAACCUGCUGAAGCAGAUCGAGGAGCUCAAGGCGCUCGAAGCUGGCACCAACCCCGUCAGGCCUGCCACGGGCAGGAACGGCACAUCUGUCACGUCUCAGCAUCCCACCUGGGCUACUAGUUCGCCGCUUGCCGCACCGGUUCCCGAGAUCGUUAAGAAGGGCUCCAGCCCCGCUCCCUCCAAUGUCGCGCCCAAGAGGGAGGGCACACCAGGUGGCCGCGCAUCGCAGCCUCACCACCCGCACCCGCUCCGGCCCCUUCAACCACUGGCCACUGCUGGGAAGCCGGACCCGUGCCAGCAACAGCUGAUGCGGCAGCAAAACCCAAGCUUCCACCCGGUGGCGUGGGAGCUCAAUCGCCUGUCCCGCCUCCUCUCAAAUGGGAAGCCCCGUAUCAAGGUCCCCAAAACCCAUCCCUUCAACGGCCACUCCAACCAAACACCGCGCGACCCAUACCCGUACCUGUUCCUGGUGCUCCCACCCAGGCGCCCAUACAACCACCUCAACCAGCACAACCGGCACAGCCAGCACAACCAGCACAGCCAGCACAGCCAACACAACCCCCACGAAAUGGCCCGUUGCGACCGUCCCUGCAACCCAGACCGCCACACCAGUCCCUGUGCCCGUGCUCCAGCACCAGGCUCCCCUUCGGCCAACACUCCCAAACCUGUCCUUGCGCCCCCACAGGUGGCGCCCCAUCCCCUCGCCCUCACGUGCCCGCGACGGUAUCCGCGCAGCCCACGCCCGGCUCCGCUCUCCCCCACGCCGCCCCUACGCAACCGAGGCCGCACACGGCCGUUCCCAUUCCUCCCCUGUCGGUCGGCCAGCGCAACCGCCUACAGCAAUAACCGCCACUACUCCUCGGCAGAAAGCGCCCCCGUGGCGACCCAUUCUCAGCAGCCCCUACAGCGGCCGGCGGGCACUGCUCAACCUCCAACAGUACCUCCUGUAUCCACCACUACGGCGCCGGUUCCUGCGAAGGCACCACAAACCCCAACACCAGCCUCAUCGGCCGCCUCGAGACCUGCUGCCACACGCCAAGUACCAGCCCAACCAAAGUUGGAAACCCCCAAGCCACCUACACUGGUUACCCCUCGCCAGCCACUUCAAGACACGUCCGUUCUCCGCAACACCGCCAUUGCCACGCUUCAAAAACGCCUCAGUGGUAUACGCACCUCCUCCUUCUCCGCCCCGCAGUCCCCGAAAACACCGCAGACAACGACACCAACCCUCCUCAAGACGGGACACUCGACAAAAUGGGUUAUAUCCUCGACUCCUUCGACCCCCGGGCCCACGGAUGUAGAUAUUGGCGAAGCUCAAAGCCCUGCCUUUGAGCAGCUAACAAGCCCUAUCAGGAAGCCAGCCACCCUACAGCCUUCUACUCCCCAGCCCUCGCGGAAGUCGCCAAGGCCAUCGUCGCAAAAAUUGGAUACUACAAUCUCCAAACCCGCCCGCGAUCGGCCAAGUAGGGCGACGCAGAUUGCUCGGGGAAACGCUUUGGCAGCCACACGCCGGAGCCAGUCUGUUGCAUCCCAGGCUGACGAGCUGUCGAUAGAUCAUGGCGAUCUCAACGGAAAAGUAAAGGACGAGGUUAUGACACCCCGAAUGCCAGGCUCGGUAGCUCCUGAAGAGACGGGCGAUACGACGGCGGAUGAGAGUGUCACGAGCAAGCGUGCCGUCGGACCUAGCAGCGCAACUCGGGCAUCCCAUAAACGCAAGCGGCCGUUGGACCAGAUAGGCAGCCAUCGACAUGCCAACAUGUUUGCAAAUCCCAUCCGUGAGCGUGACGCCCCCAACUACAGCGGAAUCGUACUCCAACCGCAGAACAUCAUGUCAAUCAAGAAGGCGAUCACGCACGGCAACCGCAUCGCAACGCAGACGGCGGCCAGUCUCCCCGGCGGUGACCCGGGUACGCCAGUCGUGCUCCUACCCAUCAGCGAGGACCUCGUACCGCCUAAGGGCAUUAUCAACAGCGCGCAGCUGGAGCGCGAGUUGGUGCACAUGUUCUGCAAUGCUGUCAUGUACAAUCCGGACCCCGACCGGGGACCCGGGCCCGGCUUUAUGAAGCGGCAGCAGGGCGGUGAUGACAGCUUAGGCUACCAGAUGGACGAGUUCGGCGUGGUGAGAAGCACACGUGACAUGUUUGUCGAGGUAGAAAAGCUACUCACGGACCUGCGCAAUGCCGAAAGCCAGCGGGGCGUGCCGUCAGCGUCUGCCGUGUCCCUCACGCCUAGGGCCACAAGCACCGCAGGAGUGGCGGCAACGGGCGGCGACGAAACAGCGGAUGACAUGGACGAGCUGGCCCAAGACGACGGAACCUCAACCGCGAAUGCCGCGGUCAGGGUCUCCAAUCCGGCGUGGACGGAGAUAGCGCCGCUCACGAUGCCGCCGGCCAAGAUCCCCGCCAAGCGGAGCCUACUAGCCCUAGACUGCCUCUCCGAGGGACACCUAGCCAAGGAAUUCGAGCCCGUGGACGUGGACGUGGGCGUGGGCGAGGACGUGGCCGCGGCCGCGGCCGCGGGGUCGGCAAAGUAUAAAUUCGCAGGCGAACGUCAAGGUUGGCGCUAG